UCAAGAGGAGGAUGUAACGUAAAUUACCAACCCGAGGAAUGUUUUCUCACAGAAAUAUCUGAUAUGCUGUAUGAAAUGUUCAGCAUCGUGUAUUUUUUAUUUCUUCUUGGCACAUCGGCGACAGUGAGCAUGGUUUCAUACCCAAACUGUGACCAGCUCUCGUUGACCGAGCUAAGUUUUGACGUAGAGUUCUGGACGACAAGACCAUACACAAAUUGCCGAGCCCCUUCAACAACAAAGCAGACGAGCUUGCAGUCCUGUACAGAGGGCCUUCUUGGUAAAUUCCUUCACCAGAUGAUCAGGCCCUCUAAAAUAUCCUUCAAACCAACUGGAAACAUGUUCCAAAAGACUUCCUCGAACAACACUAAAAAUGUAACCAUCGCCAUACCUUUUAUGAUAAAAAGGAAUACGAACGAUCCAUGUGAGAUUAAAGUGCAUCACUCCAAAGGACCAGCCUACAUCGCUAAAAGAAAUCAGAUGCAGCCAUUGACACAACUUGGACGGUCGUUUAUUAACGGAGGACAGAUUAUAGGUUUAACACUCAUUCUGACGGUUAUAUCCGGGGUCUUUAUGUGGAUAUUGGAUCGCCACAAGAAUCCUGUGGACUUCCCUCCUUCAUUCAUCAGGGGUUCCUGGCAGGGCUUUUGGUGGGCUUUCGUCACAAUGACUACUGUUGGGUAUGGGGACACUUCUCCUAAGUCCGUUCCAGCUCGUUUGUACAGUAUUCUGUGGAUGUUGUUGGGUAUGGUCGCCUUCUCGGUUCUUACAGCCAAUUUCACGAGUUCUUUGAAUUAUGAAAUUGAAGAAGACUUGAAUCUAUUUGGAAAAACGGUUGCAGUUUUGAAUGGAAGUUUGGCGAGGCAAGUGGCGGUGUCAGAAGGGGCAAAAUACAAAGAAUACAAAGACCUAGAUGCAAUGAUCGCUGCACUGAUUAAACAGAAAAACCCACCCAUAAAUGGUUUCUUAAUUGAUAGACAUAUGGCUGUAGCAAGUCUGGAGCAACUUAAAAACAACACCCUGGCUAUUGGCCGGACUAUUGACUACGAUUACUACAUUGGAAUGAGCGUAACUCCUCCCUACAACUCAACACAGUUGUGCAACGUGAUAAAGAAAUGCGCAACGGAUGUUCUAAAGAGCAAAGACUUUGAACUAACAGCGUUACAGAUUCUUUCUCAUUCAGUUCCUGUGAUAGAGACCGUAAAACAGACAGCCAGUUUAUUUGAAGAUUACGAGUUUCUCAUCAUUCUACUUGCUUUGUUUGGCAUUCUUGUGGGCGGUGGCCUUAUCUGGGAAUAUUUUUAUUAUAAACCCAAAAUGGAGCGAAUAAACAAAGUAAACGACUUUGAAAUGGAAGGAGAUGACGGAAGAAAGGAAUCAGAGAGGGCCAUCCUGUACACAAAUGAAGUUGAAGAAAUGUGUGAGGAAUGCAAGGCGAAGGUAGAGAACAUCAUGAAAGAGGAAGGAAAGAAAAGGUGGCAGAGCAUGCAGACCAUAAUAAGUCCGUUGGAAGGGUUUUCUAUUAUCGGUAGUCAGUUGAGUUCUAUCCCUGGUGUUUCAUCCAUCAGAAGAAUUGGUUCAGAGAUUCCCCACAAUGUUCAAAACUUGACGAGAAAAUCAAAAAAGAACAAAAAAGAUGGAAUGCAACCGUAAAAGCCGACAAUUAAAAAAAAAACAUUGAUAUCUUUCCGUAUUUCAGUAUUUGGAAAGUAUGGCUCCGGAAUUGUUCCAGGAGACUGGACUAACAACUAAAUUCCAUGUGAUGUUCAUAAGGAAUUAGUGCAUGUGACCAAAUGAACUGAUUUUUUCCUAAGUAGAUUAGGAGGUUCAAACCAUAUUGAACACGUCUUGGAGUGUAAACGACCCAAACUUACACAUACUGAAUGAUUUCGCCUGAGCAGAUUUAUGAACGGCCAAGGGCUGCCAUUUAAGCUUUCAUAGAACCCGGCGUCUCUUUAGAAGUAUAGUAUAGUAUAAUAUAGUAUAAUCUAGUGCAGAGAGAUCACAUUAAGUUCUUGUCCCAAUUUUUUGGUCCUAGUUUUCUCAGUUUUCUGAAUUCUCCUCUCACCAAAUUGCUCUUUAAAUUCGUUUUGAUACAAAUAACUUUUUUCACCUCAAAUCCAUUUCAAAUGAUCAACUAACUGUGAGACAAUUUUGUCAUCCAUGUAACUAUCUUAGAACUAAUGCCUUCAACUAAAUAUUUUGUUAACGUUUUUCUUAUUUAGUAGUUAGAACCGAUGCCUUUAGUUAAAUAUUUUGUUGACGUUUUUUUCUUGUUUAGUAGUGAGUCAAUGAAGGUAUUUUCUAUAACAAUACUUUAAAUAGUUUAUUAGUCUCCACACAGUGGAUGGAUUACAUUUUUCACAGAUUUAACAACAGUGACUAAAAGAAAAGACUCUGCAUAGCAAACAAAUUAGCUUUCUCAUAAACGUAAGGCGAUUCGUAACAGAGCAGCACUGUCAUGGUGUAUUCUAGAACUACGAUCGUAAGUAGCUAUAUAAUUUUGUUAUGCAAAUCGUUAAGUGUCCCUGUGGAAAUAAAUUUAAAAUAUUGUAAAAAAUUUGGUAACAGCUGUAAUAAACACGCCAUUGACAGAUUUAA